AUGCAUGUGGCUGAAAGCCAGACAUCGGGCGGAUUCGGCUCAGGAGCUCGAGAAGGCCGUCCACUAAACAGAGGGUUGCUGGUUCGACUCCUCCAUGCCGGAGCGUCCAUGGGCAAGAGACUGAACACCAUACUGGCCUUGAUGGCUGUCUUGACAGGAUCUAAAGGGAGACAUCAGACUCCACCUGCAGAUCUCAGAAAGGAGCAGGACACCCCCCCCUCCCCCUCCUCCCCCUCCCUCCAUCACCUGCUGGAGAGGUGGAUGAUGGACACCCAGGAUCAGACAUGUUCUGCGGGAACAGGGCUGCUGUCAAGGCUGUCCCGCAUGAGGCACUUGGGGAGGAGCAGUGUCGGACCUGCAGAGUCCAGCUCUGGCAGCCAGAGCACAGAGGGCGACACGAGGAGCAGGAGCAGUGACAGCCGCUGGCCUCUUGCUGCAUACAACACAAACAACUGCAACAACAAGGAUGUCAAAAAAGAUGAGAAGAAGGAUGACAAGAAAGACGACAAGAAAGACGACAAGAAAGACGACAAGAAAGACGACAAGAAGAAGGAAGAGCCAAAGAAGGAGGUGUGGAUCAUGGACCCUGCCACAGAUAUGUACUACUACUGGCUGAGCCUGAUCUCCAUCCCAGUGUUCUACAACCUGAUGCUGCUGGUGGCCAGGUCUUGUUUUAAUGAACUUCAGUCUGCUAACGUAACACUGUGGUUGUACUUGGACUACGGCUCAGACGUCAUGUACUUAGCCGACACGUUUGUGAGAUCCAGAACAGGUUUUCUGGAGCAAGGCCUGCUCGUAAGGGACGAAAAGGUCCUGAAAGAGAAGUACAUAAAGACCCGGCAGUUCAGAUUGGAUGUAAUGUCGUUAAUUCCCACUGAUUUUGUUUUCUUGAAAAUUGGACUCAACAACCCCGAGUGGAGGUUCAACCGUCUCUUCCGCUUGGCCCGACUCUUUGAGUUCUUCGAUCGGACUGAGACGCGAACCAACUUCCCCAACAUAUUUCGUAUUGGCAAUCUUGUGCUUUACAUCAUCAUCAUCAUCCACUGGAACGCCUGCCUCUACUUUGCCUUCUCCAAGGUGCUCGGCUUUGGCUCAGACACCUGGGUGUAUCCAUCCAUGAAGAAUCCAGAGUAUGCACGUCUGGCCAGACAGUACGUCUACAGCUUUUACUGGUCCACUCUUACGUUGACCACUAUUGGCGAGACCCCACCCCCUGUCCGAGAUGUCGAAUACUUUUUUGUCGUGUGUGACUUCCUCACUGGGGUUCUGAUCUUUGCCACCAUUGUAGGAAAUGUUGGUGCUAUGAUUUCCAACAUGAACGCGGCACGUGUAGAGUUCCAGGCUAAGAUUGACUCCAUCAAGCAGUACAUGGAGUUCCGUAAGGUCACCAAGGACCUGGAGCAGAGGGUGGUGAAGUGGUUUGACUACCUGUGGACGGAGGAGAAAACUUGUGAUGAAAAGCAAGUGCUGAAGAACCUGCCAGACAAGCUGAAGGCGGAGAUAGCCAUCAACGUGCAUCUGGAGACCCUACAAAAAGUGCGCAUCUUUCAGGACUGUGAAGCAGGUUUGCUUAUCGAGCUGGUCCUCAAGCUUCAGCCUCAGGUUUUCAGUCCUGGUGAUUUCAUCUGCAAGAAGGGGGACAUCGGCAGGGAAAUGUAUAUCAUCAAAGCAGGAAAACUGGCCGUGGUAGCAGACGAUGGGGUUACCCAGUUUGUGGUUCUCGGUGACGGGGCAUACUUUGGCGAAAUUAGCAUUUUAGGGAUCAAGGGCAGUAAGGCGGGAAACCGAAGAACGGCCAACAUCCGAAGUGUGGGCUACUCGGAUUUGUUCGCUCUGUCCAAAGACGAUCUGAUGGAGGCGCUCACGGAGUAUCCUGAUGCUAAAAACGCCCUGGAGGAAAAGGGGAGGUCCAUCCUGAUGAAGGAUAAUCUCAUCGACGAGUCACUGGUCAAUGCUACUGAUGCCAAAGACUUGGAGGACAAAGUCAACAAGAUCCAAUCCACUAUGGAGGUCAUGACUAUCAAAUUUCGGAAGCUGUCAGACCAGUAUGAUUCCUCCCAGCGUAAACUCAAACAGCGGCUCAGUAAUAUUUCAAACCAGGUCCGAACCCUCACGAUAGACGAGUAA